GAAACUAAAAAAAAAAGUCCAACUUGCUAACUGGUUGUAGUUACACACGUGCCGCUUUCAACGAAUCAGCAAAUUAGGACAUUUCCGAAUUUCCUAGUUCCGACUAGCAUGUGAACGCGACUUCAAUCACAGAGUUUGUGUUAGACUCAAUGCGACCGUACAACCAUAGGCAAAUCUGUCUCUUCCGAAUGAUCUUUCACCCAAUGACAUCGAAGUGUUUUUUACAAGUAUGGCCUCAAAAUAUGGACCCUGCAGCUUCCUCAUCCACAGCCGCUCUGAAAGGCAAUGAGACGGGUGGGAGUGCCGCAAAGGGCUCAGUCACUAAAAGACUUCAACAAGAGCUGAUGACACUAAUGAUGUCUGGACAUAAGGGGAUCUCGGCUUUCCCAGAGUCUGACAACCUUUUUAAGUGGAUCGGAACGAUAGACGGCGCUCAGGGAACAGUUUACGAAGGCCUGAGGUACAAGCUGUCGCUGGAAUUCCCUAGUGGCUACCCUUACAAAGCCCCACGCGUGAAGUUCAUCACUUCGUGUUUCCACCCCAACGUUGACGAUCAGGGAUUCAUCUGUCUGGAUAUCUUGAAAGACAAAUGGUCAGCUCUGUACGAUGUGCGUUCCAUCCUGCUGUCCAUCCAGAGUUUAUUAGGAGAGCCCAACAAUGAGAGUCCCUUGAACACUGCUGCUGCUGAGCUUUGGCAUAACCAGGAAGCAUUCAAAGCACAUUUGAACUCUACCUACAAGAACUGACCCAAUAUCCUACAAUCCUGCCAUGUGUUUUAUUUUUAAGUGUUUCUUUCUUCUGAUUAUGUAAAUACUGGGUAUGUCUGUAUAAUAUUUUUAUGUUUGUAUACACUUUAUGUGAAUAAAGUUUAAUCGUGGCUUUAUUGGUUA